ACAAGUGUAGAAGUCUUCAAGAAGAAACUGCAUGUCUCCACUAAUUGCCAAAUUAACCAGGCUGUGAUGGUUAUGUGGGCCGGUGGGCCGCAAACAAGCAAUCACCAGACCUUGGGCCGGACUCCGGGCACAGGACAACUCUUUGAAACUCAUCAAAGGAUGGGUGAGUGUGUAGGAGAGACCCAACUGCACCUACGAUGGCACUCCCAUGCCACCACCUUCACCACCAUGCUGUCAGACCUCCACCAUGGUCGAGCCUACACUGACGUCUCCCUGGUGUGUGAUGGAGGCAUUGUCAGGGCACACCGGGCGGUCCUCUCUCUCUGCUCCCCAUAUCUAGCUGAUGUGCUGGGAGCAUGUCCAGACACUGAUGCCCCUCUGCUCUUACCAGAGGUACCGGUGCAAGAUGUCCUCUACUUGGUCUCCUUUAUAUACCGUGGGCAAGUCGAUGUCCACCAGCAACACAUUGCAUCUUUCCUGAGGACUGCCAAACACCUCCAUGUACUAGGACUCGAAGAAGGGGACAGACUUGUAGAUUCUCCGAGUAAGUCUGACACAAGCUCUAGUACAUCGGGUAGUGAAGCUGGUGAUGAACCACCCACACCACAGUUUGUUAAUGGAAAUAAUAACAAUGAAAAUGAAGAAGAAGAACCAGAUGAAGAGGAAGAGGAAGAGGAGGAGGAGGAGGAUAUGAGUGAAAGAAUUGAUGUAAUCAAGCAUGAGGUGAGUGUGAAGGAGGAACCCUCUGAAACCACUGAGGCUGUUGUUGCUGAUGUUGCAAGCGAUGGCAGAAUUGACUUGAAUUUCUACCUCCAACAAGCAAUUCAAAGUGCUUCCAUGCCUUGCCCAUUAUGUAAGAAGGAAUUUAAAAGUCAGUCUGGGCUCAGAGAUCACAUUCGAUUGCAUACUGGUGAACGACCCUUUGAAUGUGAAUUCUGCCAGAUGAAUUUUGCCAGGGCUUCCCAUCUUAAACGCCAUCGCCGCAUGCAUACUGGAGAGAAGCCCUUCAUGUGUCGCAUCUGUGGUAAAGAUUUUUCCCGAGGAGACAAGCUGAAGGAUCAUCUGAGGAGACACGACGCCGAAGACAAGUUGAGUAAAAUUCGCAAACAAAUAUAUAAUCCAGAAGAGAGUACACAAGAAUCUGAUUCUGAAACAGGUCAACAAGCUGGUGCUACAGCCCCCUCACAAGUAUUAACUGCAAAAUCUAGCAACACAACCCCUGACACUGCUUUAAUGCCACCUGCCAAGCGGCCCAGGGGACGGCCCCCAAAAAACCCUCAGGCUCACUCUCAGUUUCAACAACAGGCAAUGGUUCAGACACCUUCACUGCUUUUGUCACAGAAUGAAAGUUACGUGCCUCACAUGCUUGGCGUUACUAGCAUUGGUGAAUGUAUUCUUAGACCUAUCAAUUAAAGGCAUUCCCUGAAUAGUUUCUGGCAUUAAGAGUUUUGUAGAUAUAUCCAUCCAUAUACUGUGUUAUAAAGUGGAAAGUGAAUACAAGGGCGAGAUGCCAAAAGGAUGGAGUAAAAGACACACAUGUAAAGCGAGCUCUUAUUGUGAUGCUUCUCUCAAUGUAUUCUUUAUCAAGUCUUCAUGCGUAUUGAAACUUUUAUCGCAAAUAAAAAAGCUUGCUGUGCAUGUAAUGGACUGUCUUUUAAUCCAUAAAAUGGAAAGGCUAUUGUAAGGCUUUUUUUUUUAUAAGAUUAUAAAAAUUUAAGUUUAAUCUUAGCCUGUAAGGUUUGUUUAUAUGAUAGUCCACAACUUUCAUUUGCCUCAUUCCAAAAUGCGUCUCCAUAGGACAUGAUGUUUCAUUUGAACAUAAGUAAUCAUAAUUUUCGUAGGUAUGUCCAGUGGCAUAAUGACUGCUUUGUUAAAUCUAAAUAAUUUUUUGUUUUUAACCAUUGAACUAUGUUAAUUGUUUAUUGAUUUGAUAACUGUAUAACUUACAGUACUGUACUUCAAUAUUGGUUUGGGUAAAAAUAUAUUCAUUUAAUUGUAAUAUACAAUUAUGAUAUUGCAGACUCGUUUGAUUGGAAGUUGGUAUCAGAGUUAGCUUUGAAAAGCGUUCAACCCUUGUGGCUUAGCGCUUCUUUUUGAUUAUAAUAAUAAUAAUUUGAAAAGCGUUCAGCUACUUGAUUUUGUGUCUUUUUCUAAACUAUUUAUUUGUGGUUGCUCAUCAGUGUAAAAGGUAAGUGAUGUGGUAGAUAUGUUUCAUGGUUUGAUUUUUCUUUUGAAAUUUUAAAUGAUCUACCCGGCUGUGAAUGCAGAUUAACAUGACAAGGGGAAAAAGCUAACUGAAUAACUACUUACGUUUGUCUGUAUAUUUUAUCAGACCUGUUCUUGGCAAAAUGUUAUGUCACAAAAGUUACUCAUAUUUCAGUGUUAAAAUUAUAUUGGUAAUGCUUUCAGGCAUUGCUAAGAUCAUUUUUUAAUACUAGGGUGCGAAGAAGGAAACACAUUCACUGUCAUUCACUCGAUAGUUUUCUUACCAGAAAAGUGUGGACAUCAUGAUUUAAAUGACUCUGUACUGUAACAUCCCCACCUUUCUUUAGUGCUGAGAGUUAUGUAUAUCUUUCUUUCUUUCAACACACCGGCCGUAUCCCACCGAGGCAGGGUGGCCCAAAAAGAAAAACAAGAAGUUUCUCUUUCCAAAUUUAGUAAUUUAUACAAUAAGGGGUUACUAGCCCCUUCCUCCCGGCAUUUUAGUUGCCUCUUACGACAUGCAUGGCUCACUUGGCAGGACGGUAAGUGUAAAACAAAAGCCUGUAAUUGUUUUACAUGAUGGUAGGAUUGAUGGUGUCCUUUUUUUCCAUUUCAUAAACAUGCAACAUUUCAGGUACAUCUUGCUACUUCUACUGACACUUAGGUCACACUACACAUACACGUACAAGCAUGUGUAUACAUACCCCUCUGGGUUUUCUUCUAUUUUCUUUCUAGUUCUUGUUCUUGUCUAUUUCCUCUUAUCUCCAUGGGGAAGUGGAACAGAAUUCUUCCUCCGUAAGCCAUGCGUUUCGUAAGAGGCGACUAAAUUGCCAGGAACAGUGGGCUAGUAACCCCUUCUCCUGUAUAAAUUACUAAAUUUAAAAAGAGCAACUUUCGUUUUUCUUUUUGGGCCACCCUGCCUCGGUGGGAUACGUCCGGUUUGUUGAAAGAAAGAAAGAUAUAUGUAUUUUUAACGCCGAGGCAGGGUGACCCAAAAGAGAAGAAUGCUUUCACCCUCCUUCACACAUAAUCACUAUCUUUGCAAGGUGUGCAGAUACUACGAUAGUUCAGAUGUCACUCCAAACAGCAAAUAUCCCAAACCCCUCCUUUAAAGUGCAGGCAUUGUACUUCUCACCUCCAGGACUCGGUUCUGGUUAACUGGUUUCCCUGAAUCCCUUCACAAAAUAUUACCCUGCUCACACUCCAACAGCUUGUCAAGUCCCACAAACCCUUCAUCUUCACUCACUUAAUCGAAGUAUUUUUCCUUUUUAAUUCCAAGUUUGUGAUGAUGAUGCAAAGGAGAUGCUUCCACAAGAGAUGGUGAAUGUGUUUCUUACUUUGGGUGGCUCUGCCUUGUUAGGAAAUGGCCGAUGUGUUAAAAAAAAAGUGUGAAGAUGCAGUAUAUACGUAAAUGGAGGAUAUGUAUAUUGUGGUUAAAGGCAAAAUGCUGACUGUUAGGAUAAUACAAAGACACUUAUUGGAUAGCUAGUCUUUAUUAGACAGACUUUUGCUUGAAGGUUCCUUUUAAAAGCACAUCUUUGAAUGAAAUAUCUGUGAAGAGCUUCCUUUGUUAUAAGUGUCUUUGUAUGUCAUACGUUAUGAUAAUGGAAAUAAAUCAUCAUAAAUUUUUCUGAGUUCAACAAAAUAGAUUCAUUUUAAUAUCAAGAUCUGUUGAUAUGUCAAAAAAUUUGGUGGUAAUAUUCUCAGUAUCAAAAUUUCUUCUCUAAUCUCUUUGAAGAUUGUGCAAUAAAUAUAUUGUAGAUUAUCAGUUAUGUAACAUACGUAUAUAUAUUUAUAGGUUAAUCAUUUUGACAUAGAAUCCGAGUUAAAAUGUCUAGGGAAAACUUUCUAUUGCAAGUUCAUUUCUAUCCACAAUUCGACAUGCCAUUCUUAGUCGUAAUGUUACUGGUUGACUGGCAAUUUAUGACGCAUUUGACAAUCUUCGUUUUAAAAGAACGAACGAAAGCGUUACCCUUUAAGUGACAGGGAUUUAGCUAGUCAGAAAACAGAAUGGUGAGCAGCCACCUCUGUAAAUACCAUGACAAAAGUCACAAAUGAAAUGAAUAAUUUAUUCCAGAUAGUUUGACAUGCUGAAGGUAUGUUCAUGAGGUGAACAUAUCUUUAUUGUACAAGGUAUGCUGAUAGUAAGGUAUAUUUUAUUGGUUAAUUUUUUCUUUGGAAUAUAAAAAAAAUAUAGAAACAUUACUUUGGCAUUUAUAAACAUUGUAUCUUUCAUAAUUUAAAUCAAAUAUACAUGCUAGAAGUAAAUGGUAUCUCAAUCAAUAACUAAAUUGGUAAUGAUUACAUUGAUCUGAUAGUGCCUUAUUACACAAUAAUAUAGUUAAUUUUUAUAUUGAAAGUGAAGUUGUGAGGUAGGAUACAUUAUCUUGAGGAAUAAUAACUUAGGAUUAGGUAAAUAAAAAAAAAUGCCUUAGAUGAGUUUAACCUCAAGGAAAGUUGGGAUGUAGCUCAAGGUGUGGGGAAUAACAAGCACUUGAAUUAAGAGAUUAGUUAACUCAUUACUCUUGUAAAUUUUGCAGUAAAUGUUCACGAGUUAUUAAGAAUUUAGUGAAAAUAAAGGAUUUAUAUAAGUGAACAUUUUCAAAUACAGUAGGACCCCCGUAUCUGCGGGGAGAUACAUUCCAAGGACCUGCCAUGGAUACUGAAAUCAUGGAUAGUAGCAAACCCCAUAUAUAAAUCCUGUAUAUACCUAUUAUAAAGUUUAAUUGAUAAAUUAUGCACAAUGAGUGGAGAAUUAUCACUUUUUCACUGAUGGGAAGCAACACUUCACAGCUUCUUUUAGGCUUUGAAGAACUGCCAGCUUCUCUACUUUUGUGCUUGGGGGGCCAUUAUUAUGCAAAAUUAAGAGGUAUUUUUGAGCCACUGCAAACCGUGGGCAACUGAAACCGUGGAUACUGAACCAGUGGAUACAGGGGUUCUACUGUAUCAGUUAAAUUUACCUUCAAGGAAAUUACAUAUUGGCAGAAAAUUGCCAAACUCAGAUGUUUCAUUCAAUGCUGUAAACAGAAUUCCAUAUAUAAACAACAAGGGCCAUAUAGUGCCUUGGGAUUGGGAAGUAAUCAGGUUUGAUCCAAGGAAGGACAACAGUUCCAUUUCCUUGUAUCAAGAGUCCUUCAAUAUAUUUCCCUUGAAGGGAUGGGUCACCUGUAGUUCUCCCUCUUCCCCUUCUCUACACCAAAAAAAAAAAAUUAAUUAUAAUUAUUAAAUUUUUAAAAGACUUACUUUGCAUCAAAACAAACAUGACAAAUCUUGUAAUAAAGUUGGUAGAGUUACUGAUAAUACGUUGUGUUAAGGGACAUCCUUUCCAGGAACUUUGUCACACUUAACGAAGCUCCUGGAGAACAAAAUAUUGACAUAAUUAAAUCUCUCAUUCGUUUUCUAACAUAAUGUAUCUUGCUGAAAUUAAUGUAAAAUCAAAUAACUAACUUAAUUAUAUUUCAUUGUUUUUGCCCCAUAUUCAUAACGCACAUCUUUAUCUGCAGUCUUCAUGAUAAUGCAAUGUAAAAAAUGUAUUUUGAUAUCUUGAGAUUACAUUUUCAUCGUGGCACUAUGUUUUAUUAUAUGAUGUAAUAUGUUACAUUUGUUCUUAUGUUCAUGGAUCAUUAGUUAUACUCUUAUAAUAUCUAACUUGCUAUAGUAUGCUUUUUUUUUUUUCACUGUAACUGUGAUCAUCAUAGCAUCAGCACUUUUCAUAAUCAAGUAUUAGAUAGAUACAUAUGCUAAGAUACAUAUAUUAAGCUUACUGUAUGUACUAUGAGGUGUGUAUAUAUACAGAAGUGUGCAUGUACACGGAGUGCUUUCAAUCCACUUUUAGGGAUUAAAGCAUUUUUGACUGGUGGUGUACAUGUGAAAUGCAGCCUUCAUGACCCUUGUGUAGCAGAUGGGUUUUAAAUUUAAGAAACCAACCUUCUACAUCUAUAUUGUAAUGUUUCCCAUUUGAUAUCUCGUGUACAGUUGUUGUUAACAUUCAGGUAGUGUAAAGAAGAGCUGAGAGCAGCGAUGUUGUCUUGUGAUCCCAGUUGACUUUUAUUUCUCUCCAGAUAUCAUUCCAUUCUGAUGCUCAGUAACAUAUAAUUUGACUUGUAUAAACUUGAGUAAGCUUAUGUGUUGUAUUAAGUACUGUAGUUUAGUGUCAUUUCACUGCAGCCAAUAUCAUUAAUGUAUCAUAUUGUUAAUCAAAAUUUAGGAGGUACUGUACUGUACUGUAGUACAAAAGUCUUCAUGUAUAUUAUUAAUGCUGAGCUAUUAAAAUAUACGUGCAUA